AACACACCACUACUACUGAUGCUUUUCCUAUGUACUGUAUCAGUUAACUCAUCAUUUCAGCCUGCUCUGGUGUUAGAAAUGGCCAAAAUUCUUUGGGAAAACUACUGCCUCCCCGAAAACCUGGUUGGGAUGCAGGAGGCCAUCCAACAAGCCAUUAACAGCGGAGAGAUCCUGAAGAUUUCAGAGCGGAAGACCCUGGCAGCUGUGCUAACAGUCGGAGUACAAGGGGCAUUGAAUGAUCCACGGUUGACUGUGUCAUACGAGCCCAAUUUUGUCCCAGUGAUGCCUCAGAUGCUGCCGUCUCUCCCCAUAGAGCAGCUGAUCUGGCUGGUGAGAAACUCUGUCAAGCUCGACAUCUUGGACAACAAUGUUGGAUAUUUGCGGAUUGAUCGAAUAAUUGGGGAGGAGACAGCAACAAAGCUUGGCUCUCUGCUAAGGGACAACAUCUGGGACAAAGUUGCUGAAACAUCUUCACUGAUCUUUGACUUGAGGUACAGCACAGCUGGAGAAUUAUCGGGAGUUCCCUUUAUAAUUUCCUAUUUCUCUGCUUCUGAGCCCCUCAUUCAUAUUGACACUGUGUAUGACAGGCCCUCAAAUACAACCAGGGAACUGUGGACCUUGCCCUCGAUUACUGGGGAAAAGUAUGGUAAGAAGAAAGAUGUGGUUAUUUUGACCAGUAAGCGUACCAUGGGCGCUGCUGAAGCGGUGGCAUAUACAUUAAAAAACCUAAAGAGGGCCAUCAUAGUCGGGGAAAGGUCUGCUGGUGGGUCAGUUAAAGUCCAAAAGAUGAGGAUUGCUCAGUCAGAGUUCUACAUCACAGUUCCUGUGGCAAGAUCAGUAAGCCCAAUCACAGGUAAGAGCUGGGAAGUCAGUGGUGUUUCGCCAACAGUCAGUGUCAUUGCCAAGGAAGCUGUCACAAAAGCCAGGUCUCUUCUGGCUGUAAGGAGCACCAUUCCAACGGUUGUGCAGGCUAUAUCUGACAUAAUCAGGAGGUUCUAUGCUUUCAAUGACAGAGUUCCAGUUCUUCUUCAACAUCUGCAAUCUAUAGACCUAUUCUCUGUUGUAUCUGAGGAGGACCUAGCAGUCAGACUCAACCACGACCUCCAGACUGUGUCUGAAGAUCCACGUCUGACCAUCAAAUAUAUGCAAGACAAUGCUGCCAUAGUAGAGGAGGACCCUGAGCUCUACAACACUCCAGGUGAUGUGACAUUAUUAACAGACUUGGUUGAUACAGUGUUCAAAGUGGAAAUUCUCCCACAAAAUACUGGUUACCUCCGCUUUGACAAGUUUGUCAAGUGGUCUGCGGGGUCUAAACUAGAAGACCUCUUGGCUAAAAAGGUAUGGGAGCCCCUUAAAAACACUAAUAACCUGAUUAUUGAUCUGCGCUAUAAUACCGGUGGAUCUUCUACAUCUCUUGCACUCAUACUGUCCUAUCUGCAGGACUCUUCCCAGAAGCACCACUUUUUCACAAUAUAUGACAGUAUUCAGAACACAACAACAGAAUAUGACUCUCUUCAGCAAAUUACAGGCCCAUCCUAUGGCUCCAAACGUGGGGUUUAUGUGUUGACCAGCUACUACACAGCAAGCGUUGGCGAAGAGUUUGCUUACCUGAUACAGUCCCUGCACUGCGGCACAGUCAUUGGGGAAAUUACAUCCGGCAACCUGAUGCACUCAAAGACGUUUCACAUAGAGGGCACAGAUAUUGCCAUCACUGUCCCUUUCAUAAACUUUUUAGACAACAAUGGUGAAUGUUGGCUGGGUGGUGGGGUGGUCCCUGAUGCUAUUGUUCUAGCUGAGGAAGCGGUGGAGCAUGUUUAUGAGGUUGCAAAAUUUCAUCAAGGGCUCAGGUCUGUCAUAGAGGGAACUGGGGAACUGUUAGAAAAAUACUAUGCAAUCCAUGAAGUUGCACUAGAGACCAGCAAGGUACUGUUGAGCAAAUGGGCUGUAGGAUUGUAUCGGGCAGUGGUUGACUUUGAAUCUUUGGCAUCACAGUUGACGGCAGACCUGCAAGAGACUUCAGGUGAUCACCGACUUCAUGUUUUCCACUGUGAUGUUGAGCCUGAGUCGCUUCAUGACGUCCCAAAGAUCCCUACUGCUGAAGAAGUGGGAUUCAUGAUUGAUGCUUUGUUUAAAAUUGAGCUUCUGCCAGGUAAUGUUGGCUACCUAAGGUGUGACAUGAUGGCAGAUAUAGAGGUGGUAAAGGCUACUGGACCGCAGCUGAUAAAAUUAGUGUGGAGCAAGAUGGUUAACACAGAUGCCCUCAUAAUUGACAUGAGAUACAACACUGGUGGAUAUUCAACAGCAAUUCCCCUCUUGUGCACCUAUUUUUUUGAUGCUGAACCUUUGCAGCAUCUUUACACUGUCUUCGACCGCACCACAAGCACCAUGACAGAGGUCAUGACAUUGCCUCAAAUCAGGGGUCAAAGGUAUGGGUCCUCCAAGGACGUCUACAUCCUCACCAGUCACAUGACAGGGUCAGCAGCUGAAGUGUUCAUCCGCACUAUGAAGGACCUAAAUAGAGCCACAGUCGUUGGAGAACCAACGAUUGGAGGAUCUCUAUCAAGUGGAACCUAUCAGAUUGGAGACAGUGUCCUGUAUGCUUCCAUACCCAACCAAGUUGUGUUGAGUGCAAUCACUGGGAAAGUGUGGAGCAUUUCAGGGGUUGAGCCUCAUGUUAUUGUCAACGCAGAGGAUGCCCUUGCUACCGCUAUCAAGAUCGUAAACCUUCGUGCCCAAGUUCCAGCCAUUAUUGAGGGAUCAGCAACCCUGAUUGCUGACAACUAUGCCUUUGAAGAUAUCGGUGCUGAUGUUGCAGAAAAGUUGAAAGGGCUCUUAGCAAAGGGCGAGUACAGCUCAGUCGUCUCCAAAGAGAGUCUGGAGGCAAAGCUGUCUGCUGACCUGAAGACCCUGUCUGGGGACAAGAGUCUGAAGACAACCAAGAACACCCCAGUCCUGCCACCCAUGAAUUAUUCUCCAGAAAUGUACAUUGAGCUGAUCAAAGUCUCCUUCCACACUGAUGUAUUUGAGAACAACAUUGGCUACUUGCGUUUUGAUAUGUUUGGAGACUUUGAGGAGGUCAAGGCCAUCGCUCAGAUUAUUGUUGAGCACGUUUGGAACAAAGUUGUCAACACUGAUGCUCUGAUCAUUGACCUCAGGAACAACGUUGGUGGCCCAACAACAGCCAUCUCAGGAUUCUGCUCUUACUUCUUUGAUGCUGACAAACAGAUUGUGCUGGACAAGCUGUAUGACAGACCAUCACGCACCACCACAGAGCUCCAGACACUGCCUGUCCUCACUGGCACAAGAUAUGGCUCAAAGAAAAGUCUGAUCAUUCUGACCAGUGGAGCAACUGCCGGUGCUGCAGAGGAGUUCGUUUACAUCAUGAAGAAGCUUGGCCGUGCCAUGAUCGUGGGAGAGACCACUGCUGGGGCCUCCCACCCACCCAAAACAUUCGGUGUUGGAGAAACCGACAUCUUCCUCAGCAUCCCCACUGUCCACUCUGACACUACUGCCGGUCCAGCCUGGGAGGGAGCUGGCAUUGCACCUCACAUACCUGUCUCAGCUGACGCUGCACUCGAGACCGCUAAGGGCAUUUUAAACAAGCACUUCGCAGGGCAGAAGUAAACCAUGUCCUGAACAAAGCCAGGAGGAUUUCAGCAGUCACUUUUGCUUUGGCAGCCAAAUGGUUUCAAAAUGUAGAAUUGUUUAAGCAGUGAAGAAUGUAGAUUAACUACAGUACAAAGUGUAGCCUGUUUUUCGUCAUCUCAAAACCUAAGCCUUUUUAGCCUGUCUGUAAUGUAGAGUAAAGUUUCAGCAGUCUGGCUGUCGAAGGUUUUGAGAAUGAAUGGUGUGGAGGAUGUGGCAUGAAUAAGUCUGUGUCAAAGAUUUUGGAAGUGGGACCUCUGUGAAGUAAGCCACUUAUUGCUCUGGUCAGAAUAUCCUCAUGUGAUGUCUUCAUUGUGUAUGGGAAAUACUGUUUGUCCAUUACGCCAUGUGGGAAUACUUUGGUUGUAUCAAUGUCAGUGGUGAAACCUAAUAAA